GAUUGGGAUCAACAAUAAAACAACGCAACAAGAAUUAUUUGUCUCCUACAGGAUGUUACUUUUAAGAAAUACUAUCGUUCUAUGGCGAUGCACAAUUAGUGCACUUUCUUAAAUAUCCAUUGACUCUUCUCUUACGCCGUUGACAUUGGGCAUUAGGCUUUAUGAUCUCUUGCUGUCGGUCAAUACGGCUCGGAGUCAAACCCUAAUAAGAUUUAGUGGUGAUUUCAUAUAGCCACUUCCUCUCAUGCUCAAUAUAUAAUUAAGUCGAUUUUAAAAUUAUUAGUGAUUCCAUGAGAUAACUAAUAACCUUUUAAGCUUAAAUUGUUAAUCCAAUUAAUUUUAAUUUCAUUAGUCAUAAUCUACUUGAUGGUAUAAAUGAUGGAUUAGUUUAUUGACCUUUUGCCCUCCAUCAGUGCGUGUGCUGUAGCAAAAGUAUUUUCUGGUAUCUUUGGUUAUCCAGAAUACAAAAUUAGGGUUUGCGUGCGUUUCGCGCCCGUGACUCACCACCACCUCAUCUCUUGGUGGCCGCGAUGAGGAGCCGAGGCCAAGAGGCCGCGGUGAAGGAGGAACACGAAUCCUCCUUUUCGGACUCCGGGAAGCUCUACGAGGCGUACAACGACCUCCACGGGCUGGCGCAGGAGUUCGAGAUGCCCUUCGACGUACCGGCGGUGCUGGUGGUGGGGCACCAGACCGACGGGAAGAGGGCGCUCGUGGAGGCCCUCAUGGGUUUCCAGUUCAACCACGUCGGUGGCGACACCAAGAUCCGCUGGCCGAUCACCCUCCACAUGAAGUACAACCCCGGUUACGCCGUCUCGGUCUGCCGCCUCGUCUCCGACGCCGGCCCCGCCGUCGCCAGUCGCAUGUCCUUUCCCAAGAUCCAGGAGAUUGAUGCAUUAUUAGGUGUGCGCACACUUGAUUGUUCCAGACCUGAUGUAGUGGUUGGGGAAAAGCAGAAACUAAGUAUACUGUAUGUAGUCUCCCUUCUCAAAUUUUCAUGAGUAAUGGUAUAUUUGUUAAAUUCGAAUGGCCAUUUUUUUCAAAGAUAAGAUUACGAAGGUACUUUUUGCAUAUCAUUGAUUAAUAUUGUUUGGGAUGAUGAAAUGAUUCUUUCUAUUGCAGAAACAUAGUUUUACAGUUUUACCUUUUUCUCAGGCAUAAAGUUUGAAUUCUUACCUUUCUAAUUUUGAUAAAAAAAUUACUAAAGGCAAUACCCUUGUUAAAGAACUGGUUUCUGGAUGAUAUGCUUGUUAAUGAAAUGAUUCUUUUAAUUAAGUUUAAAAUGGACGCACAUCCUUGGAUGAUGAUAUGCUUGUCACGGAUAUUGUGCCGAGCAUAACACAGUUCAAUCUUUGAUGUUUGUAUACAUUUUAUACCUGGCUAUUUCUUUCUUCAAAUGUUAUUUUUGGUGACUUGAGGUGAUCACAGCAUCGAACUACUUAACAUAUAGUUAAUUGAAAUGGACUAAAUUAACAGUAAGGUGGAAAUAUAAUUGAUCUUUUUGACUUAAGAUAUUCCAAUCUGGCUUGUUUAAAGGGAAUACUUCAUAAUAUUGACUAAUGAACAUCAUGCAGGUAAGAGCAUAUUUUAGUCCAAAUAAGUUGUAGAUCUUUACAAUAUGAUUCGGUUGGGAGGAGUGUGUGACAAAACAAUUAUUUUCAAAUCCUUUAUCUCUAAUUAAUAAGAAAGCCAAGAAUCAAUCAAUCUCUUAAUGUAAUUAGUCCACUUCAGCACCAAUGUCACCAUCGAUUUUUUCUUUCCAAGCAUGUUCCUAUGCAUGUGCUUAGACCAUAUUGCUUGUUCAUUGGUUGUUUUGUCACUGAAAACGUGUGGGUGUCAGAUGGACCAAGGAUUUUGAUCUUCACGAGCCUUCUCCAAAGGCUUGGAUGCUUAGAAUCCACAUUUAAUUAUUUUUAUCCUCAUGACUAUGUAUUUGAUCACAUGAUGCAAGAUAUCCUGAUCCACCAUUUUUUUUUCUUUUUUUCCUUUUGGCAUAGGGUGAAGCCUUAAAUUCCUUCACAUUGGAGUAUAUACAUUCUGUUCAUUGGACAUUUAGGCUAAUCAGAAGUCACAACCAUUGGGUUGAGUGGAGAUGGGUAGCAAGUGUCCAUAGUCUGACCCAAACCCUAUGCAAUUGAAGCAGCAGAUUAAGAUUUCUUUAUUCUUUAUCUGGACCGAACUAUGUAACCAGUGAGUUACCUUUAGUUUUGUUGGGAUAAGCUUGGCAGGUUGAACCUCCCUGCUGUCGAGCAGCCACAUGCCUGAUAAAAUUUAACCCAAUCUGCCACCACGAUCUGACUCAUGAAUUUGUCAGGUCAUUAGGUAAAAAAUGCCAUUAUCAUAAUUGAAGGCCAUUAUUAUGCAUCAUUGGCCUCCUAUGGAUCUGCUUUUCACAUGUUCAAUGUAUCUUCUUGAGGAGCGCUUAGGUAAGAAAAUGAUGGUUAGAUUUGAACGUUUAAGAUAUGGAGAUUAUCUAGACUACCACUAUCUAUAUUUGUACUACUUAAGCUUGUAGUUAUUUGUUGCAUCCAUUUGUCUAGUUACCUUACAGUGUUAACUUUCUGAUAGAAGAUCUCAUGCUUAAGCCUAGUAUUAGCAUGUAAUAUUACUAUAAUCUCAGUGAUUAGUUGGAGUGGGAGCAAGAAAUAAGCACUCUCAGUUAUUAUCAUACAUAUAUUGUUUGCACUUGACCAUGUAUGCUCGAUAUAAUCAUACUUUUCACCAUAAUUCUAGCUGGUAGUCUUUCUCUUUCUCUUUCUCUCUCUCUCUCUCUCUCUCUCUCUCUCUCUCUCUUAAAUGUCGUUCAGAGCGUGAAACGAAAUUUGCUAUUGGAAAGAGAUGUCAUCGUUGGUGUGAUUGGGACUUGUAUCUUGCUGGAAUCUGCAUCUUUUAGCAAUAAAGGAUUUGGACCUUCGUCGAGAAGAUGGAAGGGCUCUUGUGAGAACUUUAAAUGCAACAACAAAAUUAUUGGAACAUGCUACUUCAACAGCUACAACAACACGACUCAAGAAGCUUCUCCACGGGACUACAAUGGCCAUGGCACCUACACUGCCUCAAUUGUGGCCAGAAGAAAUGUGCAUAUUGUUAGCUGUACAGCCUCACCGGAGGGACAACCAGAGGCAUAGCGCCUUCUACUAAGCUUGCGGUGUACAAAGUCUGUUGGCUAGUGGGGUUUGCAGGCGAAGACUUGUUGGUUGCCUUUGACCACGCGAUCAUAGAUGGGGUGGACAACAUCUCCAUCUCGAUCAGUAGCGACCAUGCGAGUGAGUACUUCGAGGAGCCGAUAGCCAUUGGUGCGUGCCACGCGAUAAGAAGAGGAUUCUCACAUUAGCCUAUGGUGGCAAUAAUAGGCAUAGUGGUCGUGGCACGGUAGGUAAUGUUGUGCCAUGGAUGCUAGUGUCAGUUGCAAAUAGCAUUGAUCAUCGCUUCAUAGACACAUUGGUUACUGGAGACCGAUAGCCAUUGGUGCGUGCCACGCGAUAAGAAGAGGAUUCUCACAUUAGCCUAUGGUGGCAAUAAUAGGCAUAGUGGUCGUGGUACGGUAGGUAAUGUUGUGCCAUGGAUGCUAGUGUCAGUUGCAAAUAGCAUUGAUCAUCGCUUCAUAGACACAUUGGUUACUGGAGACCGAUAGCCAUUGGUGCGUGCCACGCGAUAAGAAGAGGAUUCUCACAUUAGCCUAUGGUGGCAAUAAUAGGCAUAGUGGUCGUGGCACGGUAGGUAAUGUUGUGCCAUGGAUGCUAGUGUCAGUUGCAAAUAGCAUUGAUCAUCGCUUCAUAGACACAUUGGUUACUGGAGACCGAUAGCCAUUGGUGCGUGCCACGCGAUAAGAAGAGGAUUCUCACAUUAGCCUAUGGUGGCAAUAAUAGGCAUAGUGGUCGUGGCACGGUAGGUAAUGUUGUGCCAUGGAUGCUAGUGUCAGUUGCAAAUAGCAUUGAUCAUCGCUUCAUAGACACAUUGGUUACUGGAGACCGAUAGCCAUUGGUGCGUGCCACGCGAUAAGAAGAGGAUUCUCACAUUAGCCUAUGGUGGCAAUAAUAGGCAUAGUGGUCGUGGCACCGUAGGUAAUGUUGUGCCAUGGAUGCUAGUGUCAGUUGCAAAUAGCAUUGAUCAUCGCUUCAUAGACACAUUGGUUACUGGAGAUCGAAGGACCAUUCUGGGAGCUUCCAUUAACACAUUCCCUACAGAGAAGAAAUUUUACCCCUUCAUAUCCUUUGAUGAUGGAACAUUUCCAUCGAGGGAUUGGAGCCUUUGUUUGUUGGGGCUAAAGGCGCGGUGAUGUUGGAUAACGAUAUGUUUGAUUGUCAACUUUGCCAUUUGGCUAUUCUGAACGUAAGAGGUUUAUGGAGUACAUCGACAAGACCAACAAAGUUCAACUUUCUUCCUAAUUAGUUCACACUAACAUUAUCAACUGUGCUUAUAUCAGAUUCAGGAAUCCCGUGGCUAAUGUACACAUGAGUAAAACAGUAUUUGACUCUUAAGCUUUAGUUGAUGUUCAGGAAGUGUUGUUACUGAUGUUGUGUAGUUUAAGGAUUGUCCUGCUUAAUCU